AUGUCACCUAGAGAUGACAAUCAUGGCUACUCCUAUCAUCAAAGAUGGGGACUUAAGUGUAAAGGGAAGGUUCUGCUAACUAGGGUUCCUUCAAAUAUUAUCAUUUCCUCGGCAGGUAGUGGGUCAGCUUUCAUCGGUGCCACUUCGUCUACGCCUAGGUGCCGCCAUGUUUUCAGUCUUGGAGUUCUUCAACAGAUAUUGGAGAAGCACAAGGGCACCUUCAGUCACAUUGAUGGGAAAAAGAUUCCAGCAAACUUGGAUUGGUUUGGUUGGUGUACUUGGGAUGCAUUCUACACUGAAGUCAGUCCAAAAGGAAUAAUAGAAGGACUUCAAAGUUUAUCAGCAGGUGGAUGUCCUGCAAGAUUUCUGAUCAUUGAUGAUGGGUGGCAAGAUACAGUCAAUGAGUUCCUUAAAGAAGGUGAACUACUGAAAGAUGGGGUUCAGUUCGCAACUAGAUUAGUGGAUAUAAAAGAAAAUAAAAAAUUCAAAAAUAUCAAAACUGAUGUUGCUGACAGUGACUUGCACGGAUUCAUCAAAUACAUCAAAGAAACAUACGGGUUAAAGUUUGUCUAUAUGUGGCAUGCUUUGGUCGGUUACUGGGGAGGGCUACAUCCAACAUCCGAAGCGUUAAAGAAAUACAAUCCAAAGAUCGCUUAUCCUAUUCAGUCUCCUGGCAAUAUUGGAAACCUUAGAGAUAUUGCUAUGGAUGGCUUGGAAAAAUACGAGGUUGGUAUUGUCGACCCAACAAAGAUAAAGGAGUUCUACAAUGACCUUCACAGCUACCUUGCUAGUAAAGGUGUAGAUGGAGUCAAAGUAGAUGUGCAAAAUGUGAUAGAAACAAUGGCAUCUGGCUAUGGAGGACGAGUUUCAUUGGCUAGACAGUAUCAGUUGGCCCUUGAGGACUCUAUCGCAAGGAACUUUAAAGACAAUAAUCUUAUUUGCUGCAUGAGUCACAACUCUGACUACAUUUACAGCUCGAAGAAGAGCGCUGUCGCUAGGGUCUCGGAGGAUUUCAUGCCAAGAGAACCAACAAUGCAAACUUUGCAUAUUGCUGCUGUAUCAUUCAACAGUCUUCUUCUAGGGGAAAUUGUGGUUCCAGACUGGGACAUGUUCCAUAGUAAUCAUGAAACAGCCGAGUUCCAUGGAGCUGCUAGAGCAAUAGGUGGAUGUGGAGUGUAUGUAAGUGAUAAACCAGGGAUGCAUGAUUUCAAAAUCCUAAAAAAGCUAGUAUUACAAGAUGGGUCUAUUCUCAGAGCCAGAUAUGCUGGACGGCCUACUCGAGAUACUUUAUUUGAGGAUCCAGUUAUGGAUGGAAAAAGUUUGAUGAAGAUUUGGAACUUGAACAAGUUAGCAGGAGUUGUAGGAGUUUUUAAUUGCCAAGGAGCAGGAACUUGGCCCUGCAUAGAGAUACCUCUCAAAAACUUAGAAUUGGAAUCUAAUCCUAAAGCUAUUACUGGCUUUGUUAGUCCCAGCAAUGUCGAAUUCCUCGAGGAAAUUACCGGUGAAAAUUGGAUAGGAGAAUGUGUUCUAUAUGCUUUCAAUUCAGGGUCUCUAUAUAGACUACCUAAGAAUGGAAAGGUGGACGUCACUUUAGGUGUUUUACAAUGUGAAAUUUAUACUGUAUCUCCAAUCAGGGAAUACAAUCGAGUUGUUCAUUUUGCUCCAAUUGGCUUAAUUGAUAUGUACAACUCUGGUGGAGCAAUUGAAGCUCUGAGCUACUCAAACAGUGGCUCUUCAGAAUGUAUAGUUAAGAUCAAAGGGCGAGGAUGUGGUCGAUUUGGAGCUUAUUCUAAAACAGAACCAAAGUUUUGUUUAAUAAAUGGAAAAGAGGUAGAGUUCGAUUAUGACAUAAAGAAUGGGUUCUUAACGUUCAAACUUUCACCUUGUCUUGCUGGUGAGACCAAUUGGCACGAAACUGAGUUUUACAAACUAGUAUUUUCAUGCAAGUUCCAUCAAAUUUUUUUUUAUCCUCAUUUUUGUGUAUGUUUCACAAAAUUCCUACCGAAUCUGUAAUUCAAAUUGUAACACUAAAAGAUGUUGUAUUGACUCCAUCAAUUGCUUUAUCUGAUGAAUUUUCAUCAAAGAGGGAGGUCCUAUUUUUGUCGAAGACCUCAAAUAUAUGGGGAGGUCCUUUCUUGCAAAAGCAGACCUCAAAUAUUGAAAAAGUGAGGUCCUGCUGUAGCCAGUUAAGUGCGAUAUUUCUAGCCAUCUCUGAACUGGUUUGCAAAAAUCAGGGUGCUGGUUGAUUUAUAUCGUGGAAUCGGAAUCCACACCAUACAUUUUCACUAUGUAGA